AUGCUUUCAUCUUGCCCCCCUAUCCUCUGUUAUAUGUUUGGUAUCAUUCCCCUUGUUUUCAUUACUACCACCAUUUGUUUUCCAUUUAGCGGUAUAUGUAUGCUACCAUUACUUUUACAUCCUGGUGAUAUGCAGAUUCACCCCCAACGCUCAUUUAAACUAUUAUCCCUACUCUCUCCGGCUCAAACUUACGCGUUAUGA